CAUCAGUGCCCUGCCUCCUCAACCAGCUGUAGUCGCUUGUAAUCUCUUAAAUCCACGUUGUUUGUCCCCUUAACGCUACAAAUUCGCGAUGUGAAAAGGAAAAAAACUUAAAUAUCUUCAUUUUUUCCCACACACAUUAACAUUAUUUUGUCGCUGGCGCUGCGUACCACGCAGUAAUUUUGAAACACAUGUUCGCGAGAAGUCUUUUAUUUUCAAAGCAGGCCGGAACUUGUCAAUUCUGCUCGCGCUACAUUGUUAUAUAACGCAUAUAAGCGAAGAAAAUAUGUCCUUAAAGUGGACUGUGGGGGAAACGUUGAAUGCAAACCGUAUGCUUAUCUAAUAGUCUAACGAUUUACCUUAAAACUCGAUCUUUAUUUUAAACGUUAGGCUUUUUGACACAAUAAAAGCAGUUAUACUUUGACAGUCCGCACCGGAAGUGCCGCGAAUCGUUGUGAACUCGACGCACUUCUCGCAUCUGAGAUUCGGACGGACGAACCACGAGUGUCUUCAUUUUGGAGUUAAUCGAUAACGCAACGGAAUAUCUCAGCUUUGGACACCGUCCGGACCUCGCGUCUGCCCGCCGCUCCACGAUGGCGUCCGCCGUUUGCUCUGCCGGAGGGUUUUCGAGGGGGAGAAAAUAAAAAAAAAAGGUGGAUCCGUUGCCUCGCCAGAUGCGGCCGCUACCUCUGCUGAGACUCCUGUUCAUGAACGACGAGGAUGCUUUGAUUGGGCAGCCGUGGCUCGGCCUGGAGGGAUGACAGGACAUUAGCAGACAUGGAGACAGGGGAGACACACAGAGAGCUGGAAACGCCGUAUUUACUUAGUCUGGAUUCUCCACAUUAGAUCCCCCUCAGGACAAGAGUAAACCCUAUUUUUAUAUUUUUUUAUUCAGAGCUGUUUUUGUUAGUCAUUGUGAAGCCAUACUCAGCUGACCAAAGCAGUCAGGAUGAGCUCGGAGGGCUUUCAGUACCGAGCGCUGUACGACUACAAGAAGGAGAGGGAGGAGGACAUAGACCUGCAUGUCGGGGACAUGCUGCUGGUCAGUAAAGGAGCGCUGCUGGCUCUGGGCUGCGGCAGCGGAGCCGAAGAACGACCAUCGGAGAUCGGAUGGCUGCCGGGCUUCAAUGAGACCACACAGGAAAAAGGCGACUUCCCGGGGACGUACGUGGAGUUUGUCGGCAGAAAGAGGAUGUCCCCGCCCACACCGAAGCCCCGCCCACCCAGACCGCCAUCUGCGGCGUCGGCGAGGACCGACUCCGAGUCAGACGGCUUCAUGUUGCCAGACCUGCCAGAGCAGUUUGGACCCCCAGACACAGCCCCUGCCCUCCUCAGCAGACUGAUGGAGGCCAUAGAGACUAAAGGUCUGGACAGUCCGAGUGUGUAUCGCAGCGUGAGUGGAGGAGGUCUGGACACCCGGCAGCUGGCCGACACCGACUUGGAGCAGCUGGAGGUGUCGUCCCUGUGUGACGGGGUGGUCCGGUUCCUGCUUGACCUCCCUGGUCCCGUCCUGCCCUCCUCGCUGCAGGCUGACAUGAUCCAAGCGGUGCAAGAGGUCCGAGACCCAGAAGACUGCGCCCAGGUGCUGCGAGGUGUGGCAAGCUCGCCAGCCUGCCCGGCCCAGUACGGCCUGACCCUGCUCAGCGUGGUCCGACACCUCGCCCGACUCUGUUUGCAUGGCUCCAGAAACCAGCUGAGCCCCCGAAACCUGGCUGAGAGCUUCAGUCCACUGCUGUUCAGACAGACUGCAGGGUCUGAGUCAAGUUUGGAUCCUCUGGUUCAGGUCCUGGAGGUUCUGAUAACCAGCGAGCUCAACAUGAACCAGGCUGCACCAGCUUUACCUCCUAAACCAGUGAAGUCGUCGACUCCAGCGCCUUCCUGUAGUUUUAACAACAGUAUCGCUCUGCAGGACGCCGAGUGGUACUGGGGAGACAUUUCCAGAGAGGAGGUGAAUGAGAAGCUGAGAGACACAGCUGACGGUACAUUCCUGGUCCGAGACGCCUCCACUAAGAUGCACGGAGAUUACACCCUGACUCUGAGGAAAGGAGGCAACAACAAACUGAUCAAGAUUUUCCAUCGGGAGGGGAAGUACGGCUUCUCUGACCCUUUAACCUUCAGCUCAGUGGUGGAGCUGAUCAACCAUUACCGCCACGAGUCCCUGGCCCAGUACAACCCCAAACUGGACGUCAAGCUGCUCUACCCAGUCUCCAAACACCAACAGGACCAGGUGGUGAAGGAGGACAGUAUAGAAGCUGUGGGGAAGAAGCUCCACGAGUAUCACCUGCAGUACCAGGAGAAGAACCGAGAGUACGACAGACUGUAUGAAGAGUACACCAGAACAUCGCAGGAGAUCCAGAUGAAGAGGACGGCCAUCGAGGCGUUCAACGAGACCAUAAAGAUCUUCGAGGAGCAGUGUCAGACUCAGGAGCGCUUCAGUAAAGAGUACAUCGAGAAGUUUCGUCGAGAGGGCAACGACAAGGAGAUCCAGAGGAUCAUGGAGAACUACGACAAGCUGAAGUCUCGGAUCAGUGAGAUCGUGGACAGUAAGCGUCACCUGGAGGUGGAUCUGAAGAAGCAGGCCGCCGACUACAGAGAGAUCGACAAGAAGAUGAACAGCAUCAAACCAGACCUGAUCCAGCUCCGCAAGACCAGGGACCAGUACCUCAUGUGGCUGACCCAGAAGGGGGUUCGUCAGAGGAAACUGAACGAGUGGCUCGGUCUGAAAAACGAAACCACAGAGGACGAGUACAGCAUGGUGGAGGAUGAGGAGGACCUUCCCCACCACGACGAGCGUCUGUGGCGCCUGGGAAACAUCAACCGCAGUCAGGCCGAGUCUCUGCUCCGAGGGAAGCGAGACGGCACCUUCCUGGUCCGAGACAGCAGCAAACCGGGCUGCUACGCCUGCUCCGUGGUGGUGGACGGAGAGGUGAAACACUGCGUCAUCAACAAGACGAGCACCGGUUACGGUUUUGCGGAGCCCUACAACCUGUACGGAUCUCUGAAGGAGCUGGUGCUGCACUACCAGCACACCUCGCUGGUGCAACACAACGACUCGCUCAACGUCACGCUGGCCUUCCCCGUCUACAGCCAGCAGAGACGGUGACCCACCCGGUCCCUCCCGACUUACACUGUCACGGUAGACCAGCAGCAAGACCUCGAUUACACACCUGACCCCCAGAACAGGAGCCGGUCAGUCCGACACGUCUCACCAAACGAGCGAGAAGGAAGUCAACACCUCCCACUUGUCUCUCUUCACAGACCAGUGCCUGACCACACCAUACAUCUCACUCUGAACACGUUACGCUUAAAGCUCUGUGUGAAAACUCGGCUCCAUAACGACACCGUGGACAGAAGUUGUUGUUGUUGAACUUGUAAAGACCGUAAACCAGCCGUCCUGGUGCUGCACAUCACAGUGAAACAAGAAACGCGCGUUCUGUUUAGCACAAUGAAGAUGACGAAGCUCCGUGUCCAGUUUAAUGCUUUGUUACAUCCUAUAGGAGCUGACUAAACAACUAAGAGUUUACUGUGAAAGCUUUAACUCCCUGUGAGGAUGGUGGGGGGAAAAACUAACAGCCCCACCUGACUCUAAAAAUACAGUAAAAAAAAAAACAAAAAAAACAAACCUCUCAGUUCAUAGAAAGUAAAAAUGUUGCUCAGUUGUCCAGGUGAUCGGGUGCCGAAGAUCAGCCUCAGUCAGUGAGGAGAAAGGUCCGAUCAUCAGAGUCCGAGACAGCGCUUCAGGUCGGGGUCGCACGAGAACAAAACCGAACCAAAAAAAUGUCCCUGUGCGUCCUGCACUGUCUAAAAAACCAAAACAUUCGCUCUUAGGUUGAAAGUGCUGCUGAGAGCCAGGUAUUACGUGACAACACUCAGCUCCCGCACAAUUAGAGCACUUAAGGUGAAUAAAUUGGAUAGUUGUGUUUCAGUACAGAGACAUGUGUGAGGCACUCCAAUACCAAAUGAUAACCAGCCCGUAUACAGUGUAUUGAGAGACAUCAAAAAUCAGUUACCCAAAGGAACAGAAGCACAGGGGGAAGAUGGAAACGUAUUGUUAAUCUGCCUUACAGGCACAAUGACAGGACUAAGGAACAUUUAAAGAUGAUAAAAACAAAGCCUGAUCAGGAAUCAUGUCAGUGAAUAUUUGUUCCUGGAUGAGACGCCUGACGAAGAUCUCUGGACCGAAACGUAACUGUUCAGAAAACGUACCUUUAGUGUUGAUGGUGAGCAGGAGACGACUCGUCCUCUAUUCUCCUGCUCACCCGUCUGUAUACAGGUGAGCAAAGAUCACGCUUCCUGUGCGACUCGGCGUCGUUUGAAUUUCUUUUAGUACGACAGCAGGUAUGACGAGUUUGAGUAACGAUACCGCAGCUGUUCUUGAUUUGAUUCCUCAUAAAUCUUGUCAAAUGUAAGGACUAAAACUGGAAAAUUUGGAUUAAAAUCAGGAACUGUCUGGUCAAAGACAGGAUAGUGAAAAUGACCCGACGUUUGUUUUCAACUUUCAGUAGCUUAGCUUUGAUUCUCGGUGCCACACACAGUCAGAAGCAGAAAAGCAUUGAGAGUUGAUCUGUUUUUGAAAGCACUUGAAAAGCGUUUUCUGUUUUCUGUCUUUGUUUCAUUACUGUCAAGUGAAGCUCUGUUGAUUAGGUUCAGUCAGUCAGAUGAUGUAACUCGUGGACCAGUCCUGACAGCAGCUCGAUCUCUGAUCAGUUUACAUGAAGAAGGGUAACAAAACACUAAAUCCACUUUGCCGACUUAAUCUGUCCUGGUCCCAUUUUACACUGGUCACUGCAACCAAAGUUUUUUUUUUUCCUCUUUCCGGAGAAAAUUCAGUAACAUUGAACGGCAUUUUUCAAACUGUGUGAAGGAGGCUUCUUCAAGCCAAAACAGGGUGUGACGUUGAUCUUUACUGUCUUUUAGUUUUCCCCUGAAGGUCUCUGGGGCUCCAGGCCCGUUCAGAAGUGAGUCCCAUGUGAUCAUGACCUUCCACGGUAACUUUCCGGUUUACUGUCUGUGGAGAAACAAGGUACUGAACCGUCUCGUCAGAGCUGGUCUGGACUGAACUGCAGCGGGAGGAGCAGAGCUGACCCGAGGUCUGGUUUAAAAUGACAGACUCGUCCUUUAAUCAUAGCACUGAACUGCUGGUCCAGCACGCUUCAGCAGAACAGGGCCCCAACUGGACUGGUCUCUGAAACUGCUUCUGUGGGCUGCUGAUGAUGAUGAUGAUGAUGAUGAUGAUGAUGAUGAUGAUGAUGUCAGAUAUACAAUAUGGUGGACAAUCUAGAGAGAGACUUCUUGCAAACACUGUGAGUGACUGAACGAGGUUUAACAUUUUAACAUGAGGGCGAAUCCAUGGAUCCGCAUUUCAUAUCGGGAGGGGAAAAAACCUGCAUCCCGCCUUCAUUCCCAGCCCCCCCCCCCCUUCCAAAAAAAAAAAAAAAAAAAAAUCCCAUCAGUGUUUUCCAGUUCCCCGUCUCUUCAGGUUUCGUUUGGAUGUUUGAGUCGUACUUUUUACGCCGCCCGAGCGGGUUGUUUAAUUUUUGCAGGGUGAACGGAUGAUUCCUUUAUUCUCUCAUUUCAUUAAACGUCUCUCAGCCCAAGUCCUGGUCCUGGACACUCAAAGAUCCGCGGGUGCUGGAUCAAAACUGAGAGUCUUUUAAAAGAUUCAGGAACGACGAGAACUGGAUCUCAUUUUGGCUUUUGUAUCCACACACUUGUGGGAUUAAGAUUCAUGGACUUGUGGACAAUAUGACGCUCAACCGAUGUAAAACGAUAAAAAUCUGACUCACGA